AUGCCGUCCACAAAAGCUGCACUGUCAAACCUCUUCCAUCCCUCCCGCCCCAGCACCUCGGCCGACGAGAAGCGCCAUCUCAUCGGCGAAACCAGCUCCGUCGCCUCGUGGCGCUCCUCCAGCCAAGACGACGCCCGCAGGCAAUCAUCCACGCCUAUGCGCCCGAAGCCCAACAAGGAGAAGAUAUCGGUCCCUACUCUCAUCAUGCCUCCGAUGCGCUUCUCCAACUAG